AUACUCCAUCAAAUAUGCUCAAAUAAUUUUCAUAUUUUAAAUAACUGUGUAUGAAAAAUAUAAUUGGUCAAUCUUGACCAUCAUUGAUCAAGAAAAAUCAAUUUGGCCAAUCUUUUUUAGACAUGGGAGUAUAUAAAGUGUGUUAAUAGAUUAUUAGGGUAAUUGAAAUCCAAAGUUUUUAAAAUUUGAAGUACAUACAAAUUUAUAAGCUACAUAAUUGACGUAUUAUCAGACAUUCAAAGCAAAACUAAGAUUGUAUACCAGGUUAAAAGGAUAUUUCAUAUUUUUAGUGAACCAACAAUCAGCAAGUCUGGAUGGCUAAUUUCAUAAUUUUUAGUGAACCAACAUAAUUAACUACUCCAUAUUUUUUUUGUUAGGAAAUAUCCUAACGAGUGAUCAGCAAUAGAGUUAACCAACUACUAGCUGUUGGUCGGCCGGCCGGCCUCCAUCACAUGGCGGCUUCUCUAGGACGGAGCACCGCAUUGGUCUGUGGUGGUCGCGGCGACUUUCUAUGAUGGUGAUGUACUUUGGCGGCCGAAACUGCAGGUCUGUGAUGGUACCUCACACUUGCGAGCUGGCGGGUCCUCUGAGGUCAUCGCUGGUUCAUGGCCUCCUAGACUUAGCUUGUUGUUCAUCUCCCCCCAAGUCGGAUAGCUACUCGCUGUUAGCUGGAGAUUCAGAGUCAACAACAGUCUCAAGUGGUCACAAAUCAUUGACGGCCGCAAGUCCCGGUGGCGAUAGCUUCCCAGGCGGCAACACAGCUUCGCAGGUUGGCACAACUUCUUUCCAUGGAGGGGCCUUCGACAAGUAAUAAGUCGGCACUUCAAUUCCCCGCCCCCAAGUGUCGUACCUUCUGGGUUGGUUUCAACCAUUAUUCUAUUGUUCCAAAAGGUGGAAUCUUCCACCCCAGGAGCCCCACCUCGACCCGACAGGAUGGUGGGGAGGUUAGUCACGGUUACUCAGUCAGCAAAAUGACAGUAGAUUCAUACACCCGUGCGCACCAGAGGCCUAACCUUAUUUCAGAUUCUGUGACCUCCACCUGGUCGCUGCGGGGAUUUGAACCUUGGUCCAUUGUUCCAAAUCUCCCACCACUUGACCAACUUAAUAGUGUAGAAUUAAUUAAGCAUUAAUUCUACAUAUGUUGUUCACUUAUUUCAGUAUUUGACUAUGACUAGACCUGAUAUUACAUAUGUUGUUCACUUGGUAUCCCAAUUUAUGCAUGCUCCUCGUACUUCACAUAUGUUUGCUGUCAAGAGAAUUUUCAGGUACCUUCAGGGCACUAUCACGCAUGGACUUCAACUUCAGCCUUUCGCACGACCCACCUCUGUUGUUGCAUACUCUGAUGCUGAUUGGGCUGGUUGUCCUGAUAGCAGUCGAUCUACCUCAGGUUAUGCUAUUUUUCUGGGUCCUAAUUUGAUUUCAUGGCGUUCCAAGAAGCAACCCACUGUCUCCAGAUCUUCUACAGAAGCUGAGUAUAGAGCUAUUGCCUACACAGUGCAAGAUACAUUACACAUCCGGUCCAUACUUUUCGAACUUGGGUUUCCUAUACAUCGUCCGGUUCGGCUUUUAUGUGAUAAUAUUUCUGCAUCUUAUUUAUCUGCUAAUCCCAUUCAGCAUGCUCGCAGCAAGCACAUCGCCAUUGACUAUCAUUUUGUUCGCGAACGUGUGGCUCAUGGUGAUCUCCUGGUGCAGUAUGUUCCUACGAAGUUUCAGUUGGCUGAUAUUUUUACAAAAAGCUUGGCUCCUCAGCAGUUUUUAUUUCUUCGAGACAAUCUACGCGUAGUUCCUCCUGCAUAGCUUGAGGGGGUGUAAUAGUGUAGAAUUAAUUAAGCAUUAAUUAUUAGGUAGUUUCCUAAUUGUACUCAGAUACUUAUUUCUUAUAUAUAUACUGUCAGGGCUACCAGUCUAGGUAAGCCUGUUAUUAUUUCUCACACAA